UGAGUUAUCGCAGAGUUGUCGACAACAAUGUCAUAUUCGUGUUAAGCAUUGUACAAAUUCUCGAAAUUUUCGCGCAUUGUAUUGCGAAAAACUAUGAAUUCGUAUUGUUGGUGUUGAAAAGCAAGUGUAAAACUUCACGCAAACAAUUGCAAAAUUAAUUCAUAGCAAUUGCAACGCACAUAUUGCUUAUACCAAUUGCCAGCAGAAAACAUGGCGCCCACACCGUUGCCACUGGAGCAAAUGCCCGGCGCGAAUGCGGGCUAUCUGCCAGCCGGUCAGGAAGGAGGCCCACGCAUUAACACCAUGUCCAUGUCGGUGCUGAUUGAUUUCAUCAUACAGCGCACCUACCACGAACUAAUGGUUCUAGCUGAACUGCUGCCGCGCAAGACGGAUAUGGAACGAAAAGUGGAAAUUUAUGCUUAUGCGGCACGCACGCGACAUUUGUUCACACGGCUCAAUGCGUUGGUCAAGUGGGGCAACUCGGUGUCCAAAGUGGACAAAAGCUCUCAGAUAAUGAGCUUUUUGGAUAAGCAGAACAUGCUCUUCGUAGAGACGGCCGAUAUGCUGGCUCGGAUGUCGCGAGAGACAUUGGUGCGAGCACGUUUACCCAACUUCCACAUACCCGCCGCAGUCGAGGUCUUAACCACAGGCACCUACAAUCGUCUGCCAACGUGCAUACGAGAACGCAUUGUGCCACCGGAUGCGAUUACGCCGGCUGAGAAGAGGCAGACAUUGCUGCGUCUCAAUCAGGUCAUACAGCACCGGUUAGUCACAGGCAAAUUGUUACCACAAAUGCGUGACUUUCGCAUACGCAAUGGCCGCGUCACCUUCGAGGUGAAACACGAAUUUAGCGUGGCUCUCACCGUCAUGGGCGACAGUCCCACUGUGCCGUGGCGUCUCCUGGACAUUGAUAUUCUUGUGGAGGACAAGGAGACAGGCGAUGGCAAAUCAUUGGUGCAUCCGUUGCAGGUCACCUAUAUACACCAAUUGAUUCAAGCGCGUCUCGUGGAGAACCCGAAUGCGUUGAGCGAGGUGUACAACUGUUUACACUACUUCUGCCAGUCGCUGCAGUUGGAGGUUCUCUACACUCAAACGCUGCGCUUGAACUACGAGCGACUCGACGACAACAAUAUCAACGUGGAGGAGUAUGUGCCGGGCGUCAAGCUAACGGUGUCCUAUUGGCGUGAUCUCAAGUCGGAGCUGGGCUACCGCCUCACUGUUCAAUCGGAUCCCAGUGAAAUUGGUAGACCUCUGGUCGUUGUCCAUGUGCCCUCUUUAGGUGCCAAGGAGUCUGCCGAAGUGGCAGAUCGGGCUGUGCGCUCGGAGCAUCUCUCCAUGGAGCGGCUGAUAGUGCACACCGUUUAUAUACGAUCCGUGUCUCGCUUAAGUGAUCUCAAGCUCGAAUUCCAGGCUUUUCUUAAAGACGUUGACUUUAACCUGCAAGGUACACCCGCAAUUUUGACGGUGCCCGUCCUGUCACCCUGCUUGCGCGCCGAGCAGAUUCACAUAACCAUUGACACGCACACUGGCAUGUUCCGCUGUCACGUACCCAAGCACCUGGACUGUCCAAUUACGGAUGAGAUGCAGGAGUGUUUGAAUACGGAUCGCAGCAAGCUUCCAGCUUUGCUAUCGGAGCUACGCUAUUGGAUUACCCAUCGUCGAUGCGAGAAAACAUUGCAGCAUCUACCCGCUACGGCUACCGAAACUUUGCCUUUUCUCGCUCCACCCGAACAAGAACUCUUGCAGCCAGGCCGUCACAAGAUCUAUGUCAAGUUACAUCGUCAUCCCAAUAUUAUUCUGGUUGUUCAAUUAAAGGAAAAGUCUGCCAUGCCCAACGAAAUGGAGUACACCUUCCAUCUGGGCUUUGUGGCCUUUCAAAAGGAUGAGAACGAUGUUAUAGACGAGUCGGCCAAGCAACUUGUUUCCAUUGUAGCUCAACCGCCAUCAGAAAUACCCAAAUUCUACACAAAGCUAAUACGUUUAAUUGAGUUUGACACCUUUGUAGCUACACAUGGCCCCGGCACUGAAGUCGACGAGGUGUCCCCGCAUAAGCGAAAGUCUAAUGGUGAUAUUCUGGCACCACCGGCCAAGCAGCAGAAGACUAUUUUCCCUGCAUAUUUUAUACCAGAACUCGCGCACGUAGUAGCAAUGUGCGAUGAGAAGAUACCAUUCCUCAAUCUGGCUCAAACGCUCUCUAAGUACCGCAUUCCGCAUAGCGGAUUGCAAGUGGAGGCGAAUGCCACGUCGUUGGUGCUGAAGAUUCUGGCAUUGCCCAAGCCUGGCACCCAUCAGGCACCGGGAGCGACAGGCGAACAGAAGCCAGCUCCGGCACCCAGUACAUCAUCGGCACUACCAAAGAUCGAGCCACAUGUCUGGGAAGAUCUUAUGCGGCGCGUUCUGUCGAUCUCGGUGCGCUCGCAGACCAACAAAAACAGCCAGGUGCGCAUCUGGGUGGUCGAGUUUGUGUUCUACAGCACGCCUCUGCAAAGCACUCACCAGAAGGAGCUUGGUAGUCGACGCACUGUCAAUCUCACCUACGAGCAGGCCACUCAUGAUUUCUCCAAAACAGUCGAGGACCUACUUAAUGAUUGGUCUAAGAUCGUUUACCUAUAUACGCUGGUUUACGAUUUCGCAGAGCAGCUGCGCAACAAGCGUCUGAGUCUGGGGGACAUGCUGGUGGUCAAGUCCUACACCUACGCCAACUUGUUGAUUGGCUAUGGACCCAAGAAGGAGGUCACCUGCAAUAUUUAUUGGUCUGUGCAGUCGCAUGGCUUCCGAUUGGUAUUCGUGGGUGGCAUCUCAGCUGUGAAUGCGCACUCCAUGAUGCGUGAACAACUGGCCCAACAUCUAAAUCAACAGCACAGUCUCACGUCCAUUGCUCACAUACUGCACGAGACCUACAAUCCGAUGAGCUCCAUAGCCAAGUUGCCAGUGAUUCCGGUGCUGGGCGUACCGCGCCCCCAGGUGCCCGUGCUAUCGUUCUGCAUGCUGCCGCAGUCGCCCUGCUUGAUGCGUCUGACCUAUCAGGCUGUGUAUUGUCUGGAGUUGCGCUUUCGUGCCAAUCGGCUGGUGUCCAUUCGUGAUGGCGCUAGUAACCGCUUUGAUCGUAAUAUCAUCGAGGAGUUCACUCCCAUUCAGGGCCUUAAGGCAUUCCUAUCCAAGUACGUGGAUGAGUCGGCGGUGUAUAGAGGUCGUGCACCACAUGACGACGACAAUCCGCUGUCUCCCAUGGGUUUAGAGGACAACUUUGGCGGCCCAAACAGCGUUGCGGGAGUUGGCGCAGGCGGAUCUUCGCCUUUCCUAAGCGCCGGCAUGCGUGGCCCGCAGUCUCCACGAGAUAGCGGUCUCCGCUUUCCAGCACCACAUACGCCGCCGUCCAGCUCCAAUCCGCAUACACCAGCGAGUCCACAUCCCAGCUCUAGUGGCGGCGGCGCCAGUGGAGGCCAGAGUCAUGCGAAUUUCAAUUUGACAUCGCCACCAGCACCGCAUAUGCCGCAUCCGUCGCCAGGUGGCCUGAUGCCCUCAUCGCCCCUGAAUCCACAGCCCAGUCCACACAUGGUGCACAGUCCGGGACCCAACACUUUGUAUAUGCAAAGUCAUCAGGAUUCGCCAUUCACAGCUAUGUCGCCGGCGAAUAACAAUUGGCCCGGAUCUCCAAGCAUGCCACGUCCAUCACCCCGGCCCGGGCAGAGUCCAGAGCACAAGAGCACGGGUGGGGGUGGCCCAGGUGUGGGCGUGGGUGGUACCGAUCGAAGUGGACAGCGCGGUACUCUCAACCGACCAUGGGCCGGGGCUGUGCCCACGUUGCUGACUCAUGAGGCACUGGAAACGCUGUGCCGACCCAGUCCGCAUCCCAAUAAAGAUAUCAACGUGGGCGAUAUGAGUCCCCUUGAGCGGUUCUUGGGCUGCGUUUACAUGCGGCGCCAGCUGCAUCGCAACAUCCAAAGCGAGGAGUCGUUGACGGCGCUCAACUCAACGGAGCCAGGCGUAGUGCUCUUCAAGGUGGAUGGGCUGCAAUGCCAAGUGAUGCUCAAUCAGCUGCACAUGCAGUCUCUGCAUCUGAAGGUCACCCAGCUCCCACCCAUGCCAGACAAGCCCACUUUCCAGCUCAGUCCCGACGAUCUGCUGGUCAUCGAGCAGUACUUCGACACACGAGUGGCCGCGCCGCCUUAUCGACCCAAUGCACUGCACAGCAUGUGUCGACUAUUGAAUCUGCCCGGUCAUGUGCUCAAGGACUUCGUGCAGAUCAUGCGCCUGGAGCUGAAGCCCGAGCUGGGAGGCGAUCAGCUUAAGUGGACCGUGCAGAUGUGCCUGCGCAUGUCGCCGUCGGCCUUGCCCAUCGUGCCCAUUGGCAGUGCCUGCGUAGUCCUGGGUCGCAUGAAGAUCCUGUUCUUCCUGCACAUCACACGCAUACCGUACAACGGCAAGGACUGGAAGGACAGCCCCUCGUUGGUGCUGCCCAUUGUUCAUGACAUAGCCUCAAACCUAACGCAGGUGGCGGAGAGACGCGAACAGGUGCAAUCGCCUCUGAUGGCUGCUGCGAGUACGCUGCUGCGUGGCUUCGCUGACUACGGAGUGCAGCAGAAUCGCUGCUCACUCUUUCCAGCCGUCACGGAGCUGCUGACCAAUCUGGCCGUGGAUCAGCCGGCGCCGCCACCCAACCAAGCAAUCGGCGCGCCUGUGGGACUUGGCGGCGUCGUUGGCGUUGGCGUGGGCGUAGUUGGCGCUAGCCCAAACACAAUGAUGCCCAUGCAGCAGUUGCAGCCACAGGUCGGACAUGGGCCCCAGCUUGGCCCGAAUCCGGGUGGUCCGCAGUGAUGAAGGCGCAAGCGCCGCGCCUCCUCGCAACAGCCGUGAGGCGGAAUCCAAGGCGCAACUGCGAGCAACACACACAAACACAGGGAAUUCCCAACUAUCAUUCAUUUAUUUAUUGUUUAAAAUACAACACAAGUUUGCAACAUUCACUAGCGUCCACGGAAGACGAGAGACGAGUGUCAAGAUCAAAAUCCAGAUCCAGAUUGAGCUAUAUAAAAAUGUAAUAUCCAGCAUACACAAUACGCAUUACAAUACGAAACUAUUGUACAAAAGAGAUGCACUAAGUACAUGUAAUAAAUCACUAACUAACUGUAAAGCUAACUACU